GCAAUGCCGAAUUCAUUAAUUCACAAGUCAUUGUUGCCUUCGCACUCAAAUUAACUUUCGUGGUUCUUAAUGUUGGUUGCUGUGUAAUUACACAACCUAGACGACACAAUACAAAAGUAUUUCUUCUUCUAUGCUUUAUAACAACUCAAGGGGCGGAGAACGUCCCUCGACUCCUCCUCCUCCCCCCGGAACUAGGAAGUACGCGAAAAGUAAACAAACGCUCCGACGCAGCUCAGCUCAGAGCUUACUAAGGAACUACACGAGAUGAUGAGAUAAUGCCGGGCCGGGCCAGUCUCCUGAAACAACCCCAAGCAUGGAAGCCAGAGUUCUGCAGUACUUCGCUUUACUUUUCCUGUCCGCGGGGUGCUUUGGAGAAGAUGACGUCACCUACGUGAGCGGCUUCUACUCCAAGGGCCCCCAGAAGCUCUCCAAGUUCAGCUCCUUCUCUAGCGCGCGCCUUCACCACUUCCGCGUGCCGGAGGACACGGUGCUCGCGCGAUGGCUUCUCACGGUGACCAGAGGCUCAGGGCUCAACUGCGAGACUCAGGACGUCACUGUUCACCAGGCAGGGGCCUCCGUGAUUGACCACACGGCGUUCCCCAACCAGACAGCGGUGACGCUGGCCUGGAACCUCACGCUGACGGUGGGCGCUAAGCAACAACAGAAUCAAACACUGGUCAACGUCAGCAGCCCUGCGGCCGGAGACUGGUUUGUAGCUGCGCACCUCCCCGAGCACGAUGGCAAAAUACAACAGAAGGGACUACCGUCCUGCUCCUACCUCUUCCAGCCACAGAUGUUCAUCAGGCGAGCUGUGGACACGCCCACUCUGCUGUCCAACAUUCCGCAGUCUCAGAUGCUCUCCAGAACACACACACACAACAUUCCGCAGUCUCAGAUGCUCUCCAGAACACACACGGCAAGCAUCCUCAAGUUCUUUGUUCCUGAGUUCUCCACACAGAUGUCGGUGCACAUUCUGUCAUGCUCGGUAGAGGGUGUGGCCAAGCCCAGCUGCGGACUGAGCCUCCUCAUUGGCUCUUCCUCUCUAGGGCGGGACUCCAGACUGACCUAUAACUGCGCGGGGGAGGAGCCUCAGUGUUCUGCCUCUGUUGCCACGCCUCCCUGGGACUCCUGGGUUCAGGUUGCCGUGGCUACCAGUCUAGCCAAUGUCACGGUGAACUUUAACAUCUUGGCCAAUUACACAGGUGUGUGUGUCGUCAGGCCCCAGAGUGCCCCAGCUGACUUCAACAGCAACUUGACCGUAUCCGUGGGCAACGGCACCGCUGCAUCCAACAUCUCCGCGGGCGGCGGUGACAGCAGAUGGUUACAGGCUCGUGCGUUUGUGCAGGGCUACUCCUUGAGUGUUAACACCAGUGUGGCUGAGACUGCACUCAGGAUUCCGUUUCCUGAAGCUGCCAUGUGGUACCUCACACUGCAGACUCUCUGUAACGACAGGUAUGCAAGGCUGGGGGUUAUUUCUGAGCGUUCAAGUAUGUGUGUGUGUGGUUCUGAUUCUACUUUGAGAGCUCUAACAAGAUCAUCUUGCCCUUCUUUCAACUGGAAUUGGUGUGUGUGUGUGUGUGUGUGUGUUUUACAGUUCUAUCAUGCAUGUGACCAGCCAGGGGUGACUGUUUUGUGCAUUAUGGAGUACGACACACUGCAGUUCUGUGACUUUCUGGGUUCCUGCACUUCAGUUUGGGUCACAAUUAUAUGCAUGGCCAAGCUGCAGGAUCUCUUCAAAUAUGUGUUCUUCAUAUUAGGCACUCUCUUGAUUGCCAUGUCGAUGUCCUUGGACAGGCACGGCCUCUGGAACUUUCUGGGACCUCUACUGUUUGCAUUCAUCACCAUGGCAACGGCCUGGGUGUAUCGGAGUGUGAGGCGGCGCCAGUGUUUCCCCCCGCUGUGGCGUCGCUGGGUGUGUUUCCUGCUGCCGGGCGUGCUGCUGGCGCUCGUGGGCGUGUGUGUGUACGUGUUCGGUGAGACGGACGCCAACUACUUGUACACACACUCCCUGUGGCACGUUCUCAUGGCAACCAGCAUCGUCUUCCUGCUGCCGCCACGCCACAAGCACACACAGCCCUGGGGAUGGACACACUCGCUCUGCGGAUACAAGAUCUGCAAGAACCAGAAAGAUGACCUGUACUCCGUCUCCUAACACACACACACAAUGUACACACACACACACACACACACACACACACAGACACACACCAUGUACACACCACCAUGUACACACACACACACACACACACACACACACCAUGUACACACACACGCACACCAUGUACACACACACACACACACACACACACACACACACAAUGUACACAAUGUGCAAUACUCCCUCUUCCUGUUUCCCAAAAUUGAAGCACUUAAGUGCCAUGACUACUGCCCAGAACCUCAGCCAACGCACAACACACUCACAACAUACUCACAACAUGCUUACAACCAACUCUCAACAUACUCACAACAUACUCACAACAUGCUUACAACAUACUCACAACAUGCUUACAACAUAC